AUGCGACUUGUCCUCGACUUUAUCUGGGUCGUGUUGUGGCUCGGUUUUGUCUUCUUGCUCGCAAAGGACCUGCUUGUCAACAUCGAAAUCAUGAGCAGACAAGUCGCGGCCGUAGCCACGUCGUUCACCAACGUUGAGGUCACACCCGCGCACCGAAAGCUGCGGCUUUUUGUGCGCGUUGGGUGGAGCCUCUGUUACUACCCGCUGGUUGUAGUUGCCGUGUGCAUUGGGCUCAGCCAGCUUCCGCUGAUGCUAACGAACCUCGCGCCGGUCGCCUUGGAGGUGUUGUUUCUCGGGCUCUGGGUGCGUCUCGGAUUCAUCUUGCGCUGCCGACCUGCCACGACGGCCAUCUUUACCUCGCUGCCCCCGUCGACCAUUGCGGUUGCCCCCGCCCUACCUGCGAAUGCCACCAAGGCGAUUGUCAUCCGAGGACCCACGAACACUACGAGUCUCGGCACCUCCAUCCACCCAAUUCACGACUCCAACUGAGAAUACCUGCUAUACAGGCAUGACUUCCCACAACGACAGAAGCGAAAUGUACUAGUACAGCAUAACCCUAACCUCAUUAAAGUGCUGCUCUAAAAAUAUAGCG